AUGAAAGUCCUCAUAACAGGUGCAACGGGCACGAUCGGCUCUGCGAUCUUAAGGCACUGUCUCCAAAACCCAUCUAUAACAUCAGUCGUUGCGCUCUCACGUCGGCCCCUCCCUCAGGACAUCACUUCCUCAAAACUUAGCACCAUCAUUGUGUCCGAUUUCGCAAAUUAUGACGCCUCGCUUCUCUCUCAAAUACUGUCCGCAGACGCCGCAAUAUGGGCCAUGGGUACCACAGACGCGAAUCGCGAAGUAAACGUUGUCUAUCCUCAUGCAUUCUUCACAGCCUUCCUCGAUGCGCGUAAGGAUAGCCAAUACCGAUCUCAACGCUUCCGCUACAUACGUGUCAACGGCGCAUUUACGGAAAGUGAUCAGAACCGCCCAUUAUGGUUCUAUUCCGAACCAAGAAAACUGCAUGGGAUGUCCGAAGCCAGGACACUGGAAUUGGGGGAGCAGUACCACGAUGUAUGCCAAACAUUUGUGGUGAAGCCAGGAGGUGUUGCGACCCAAGGCGCGUGGGCGAUGGAGUGUGUUGGAAAAAUGCUUGGGGAUGGGAUGGUGAUCGGACAGGAGACGCUAGGAGCUUUUGUGGCGGAUUUGGUCGUUCACGGUGAGGAAGAGGAAGUUUUCUCCCGGCCGCUCCAACUCAUACUCAAUGGUCUCGGCAGUGUGGGCGUUAUCAAGGCCAAUGUUACGGUUGUCGAAAGUGGUACCGAACUUAAACCUUCCGAUCUCGAGGACACACUCGAGUUAAGCGGUGAUGAACUGCCGCAAGUGAGUGCUGAUGGCAGCGGCACCCUCUCAGGGACGUAUCACAUCGUAGCCGGCGAUGGCGCGGGUCCGAUCUAUGCGGUGAUUUAUACUACCGCAAGCGGAAAGUUUUCGGAAGGCAUUGAGGCAGAAGUCACACAGAACGUGCCUGGGAAUAGAGGGCGCAUUCGAGCUGGCGGUUACGUACCGUACUCGUUCCCGAAAAGGUCACUCAGAAGGUGUGCACCGGUUGUGAAUCUGGACUACCCCUUCACAGUCGCAGUACCGAAGGAUAUAGACUGCAAGGGCAGAGUGGCAGGCAAGAUGGGAGUGUGCUUCAUCAAGAUCAGUAAUUUGAACCACAACGGCCCGUUUGGAGGGACGAUCGCGUUCCAGAUACCUGACAGGGUUUAG